AUGGCAACAAUUAAUGUCACAUACGGAAAUACAAUUCAUAACAUUACACUCUCACCAAAUUCCACAUGGUUAGAAUUAGUAUCUAACCUUCGUGAUCUGUUCCAAAUUCCUCGCGGCGCUUUUAUCACUGUAUCUUAUAUCGACGAAGAUGGUGAUAUAAUUACGAUAUCAAGUGAUAUAGAGCUUUGGGAAUUUUUUUCACAAUAUUCGGUUAACAACACAAUUAAACUUACAUUAAACACUACAAACUCCCUAAUUAAUAAUGAAGGUACUUCAGCAUCUAUGCCAAUUAUAGAGACUACAACAGCUUUAGAACAGUUAAAUAUCAAUGAUGAAACUUUAAAAUCGAACCAUAGUCAUGUGACAUUGGAUACAAAUCAACAAAAAACAACUAGUGAAAUUGACAAUGCGGCUUGGUCAUCUUCCAUAACUAACCAUAUCUUGAAUGAAGCUGAUGAGGAAGAUGAACCUGAAAUAAUUAUCAUAUUCUCUCGUCGACCAUUUAGAAAAUUUCGACAAUAUUCGCAUAGAUAUAGUGGAUGUCCUCAUUAUGGAGAACGAAAUACGCAUGGUAGACAUCACCCUUACAAAUAUCAACUUAAUUCAGAAGAAUUGACUGAAAAAGUCAAAAUUUUAAAUUCAAUGGGAUUUAGAGAUACGAGUCAUAGAAAAUAUGAAGAGUUAUUAGAACGGUUUAAUGGAAACAUAUCACGAGUUGUUGAUGUACUGGUUAGAGAACAAGAAAGUAGAAAACAAGAUGAUAAGAGUGAACAAGAACAAUUAGGUGAGCCGGGAGAAGCAAGUAAUAAUAUAGCAAUGGAGAUUACUGAUUCGGAAAAUCGACCUUACUUUUUGUAA